AAGGCCUUAUGCUAGGCUGGGUUAAAGAAGAUAGAUCUAGACCACCUCUUGAUUCCUUGCUCCAAUACCACUGUAUUCAACCCAUCCAUCUCAGCAACCACCAUGACCACCACCACGCACCCAUUCCAGAACGAAAUCGACACCUUCUUCACCCCAACCACAGCAAGCAUCUCCGACUGUCACCGCAUCGCCGAGACACAUCUCGGCAGCGCUAUCAUCCCGGUAGACACGCAAGGAACAUGCAGCUAUACCGUUCGAGCAGAGAACAACGACGCCUAUAUCGUGCAAUUCCGUCUUGCAUCUUCCCAACUUGACGUGCAGAAAAUGGACCUAGCUCGAACUAUCUACAAGGAUUUAGUCCCCAGUAUCACCCAUAAAGGCCAGAUCGGGAAUACCACAGAAACCAAACAGCCCCUGCACAUCUACCUCAUGACGCGAAUCAAAGGAAUCAGUUACCUGGAGUUCAUCCUCGAACAUACCUCCCAACUAUCGGAAAACAGUCCCGAGUUCUUCGCCUGGAGGAGGAACUACGUGGUUGAUAUCGCUCGAUUCUUCGCCCUAUCCUACCAAACCCAAACCAAGCCCAUCAACCAAACCUACCGCACCACCCUACAAACCAACUACUAACUCGCCCUAGAAAAACUCCUCCCUUCCCUCCCUUCCCUCCCAGACCGAUUCACCCCCUUCAUCCAAUCUUCUCUCCACGCAUUACCAGA